AAGCACGGGCUAGGGACGGUGGGAGUAUAAAAAAAAUAAAUGAUUCCGUGCUGCGUGCUGCCUAAACGAUACACAAGUUUGUAAAGCUGUGGCGACGGAGACCUAGAAACUGUAUAGCCCCAGGCACCAACUGAAGAUAGAGAUCGAGUCAUUGUAAUAAUCAUCCCUAAAGAUGUCGCAGAGAGGAGUUUGGCAGCUAAAAAAGCUCGUUGUGAGUUACUGCAACUGGGGAGGAAGUAGUAGGGGUGUCAGGGAAUUUAUGGAAACAAAGUUGCCAGCAUUUAAAGAAAGCAAUCCUCAGCUAGAGGUUGAAACCAAGCACAUUGGUGGUCAGCAUCCACAUUUGGAAGGAAUAUACAGGAACAAGAAUGAGAGGAAUGUCUGUGUCAGAAAUAUGACCCCUGAAGAGGUGCUUGAGUGUGCAACAAAGUUAAGGAAUUCACUUGGAAGAAAGGUGGUGAAGCUGAAGACCAGACAUGUCACCAAACACCCCAGCGUGCAAGGAACAUGGACUACAGCUCUGAAGUUAUGAAAUAAAUAAAGAGAUCGGCUGUUUCCGACCUUUCUCUGUGAUGCAUCGCUAGUGUUGCUGGUUGUAUCGUUCCUACCCUUCUGUGCCAUUCUAGUCAAAUUAGUGUAAUGGCAUUGUAGGAAGUUCUGUCGUUAGGUUAUCAAACUUUCUUUAUAUUAAAUCUUUGAGUUCCCUUUAGCUAUGAAAUAGUACGACAUUGGAUUAAGAGAGUCCUAUAAAUUGGAUUUCAGUUUUAGAAUUUAUAGUUAUAUUAUGUUUGUCAA